AACAUAAUUGGACGAGAAUGUUAUAAUUUUACUUACAAUUUUACAUACCGACAGCAGAAAUAUAAUCGAAACUGUUUACUUUUUGCACAGGAAGUGGCAGUCUACACCUACUGCCGUCACUGCAACUUGUGUUGGCCUGAUCAGAAAGAUGGUAGUCCCUUAUAUCUAGGCAAAAUAACUCUGGUUCCUGACUUUUUGACGGAGGAAGAAGAAACGAAAGCUGUUAAGGAAAUUGACCGCAUCCCUUGGGUUCCGUCGCAAUCAGGACGAAAGAAACAGGACUUUGGACCAAAAGUGAACUUCAAGAAGCGUAAAGGGAAAAUCGGAGACUUCAGGGGUUUCCCACGAUUCACUGAACCCUUGGUUGGAAAACUACAGAAUCUGAAAGAACUUUCCGAUUUCCAACCUGUGGAGCUUUGCCAUCUUGACUAUUCUCCAGACAGAGGAUCGGCCAUAGAUCCACAUAUUGAUGAUUCGUGGAUCUGGGGCGAGAGGUUGGUGACUAUCAAUCUGAUGUCUCCUACAUUUCUCAUUCUUACGGCGGCCCUCUUCCACAGCUGCUGUUGUUCUGUUGAAGUAGAAAAAAUAAUGAAAGACCGGUUUGCGUCUAAUGAAACAAAUAAGUGUAACCAUAAACAUUUUCCCGUGCUAUCUUCAGAAAACACAGAGAGUGAAGAGUUAUGCCACAAUGGAUGGGCAGCAACAGAGAGAUUCGAUUGCGAUGACAAAGACCACAAAGUGGAAAUUGCUCGAGAUAUAUGUAGUUUUUAUCGCUCUGAGGGAAUAGACUUGAAAAUAAACGUUCGAGUUCCACUUCCAGCCAGAUCGUUGUUGAUCCUGGCGGGCUGUGCUAGACAUAAUUGGUUUCACGAAAUCAAGAGACAGGAUAUUAAGUCACGGCGACUGGCAAUGACGUUUCGUGAACUCGCAGAGGAUUUUCUGGGAAAUGAAAACGAAAGAGAUCUAGGAGAAGAACUUUUAGCGACGGCGAGUGUUUACUUUGAUUUUCAUCAAUAAAGAAUGUAUUUUUAUAGCGUUUUUUA